GUUAAACAUAUGUAUAUAUGUGGGCGCUGAAAUAUUGCAUACACUGCAAAAAGUAAUAGUCAUGUGAUGUUGAUAGUUAUGGCCACCGAAUAUAUUAAUGUUUGGAUAAUAUAUGUAUCAUGCAUUUCUGGUGUGAUAACAACAGAACAUGUAAAUGGAUUGGUGCACUCAACAAUCACAUUAAACUGUUCUCUACGGGGAGGCAUUACAUGGAAAGGUCCACCUAACGAAUCGGUUUAUUCCUGGCAAAAUCAGUUAAAUCGUCCUGGAAUUCCUAAAAAAUUAUUUCCAAGAUUGAAUAUAACAGGGAAUUUUGCAUUCGGAUGGUACAAUCUUCAGAUUAAAAAUUUACAGGCUUCUGACGAAGGAAUGUACAAAUGCUACAUAUAUAAAGAUUCAUAUGAUCUUUUCCGAUUAAACGUAGUAGGUAGCAUAACUGUAAGAGUCGAACAGUCAACAUAUAUUGGAGCUAUAGGAGGUUCUAUAACAUUAGGUUGUAUUAUCUCCUCUGCAACAAGCAUUGUACAUCAAGUUAGAUGGUACUUCUAUUCCAAAGACAGUUACCAAGUAGUGAAAUAUAAAGAAGGAAAAUACAGUAAAGCUACCACAAAGAACCCGUCGUUAACAAUACAAAAUUUAGAAUUAAGUGAUAUGGGGCCUUAUAUAUGUUCUGCCACAAAUACUGCUGGAAUAACGGCUAAUAGCACUACACCAACUAAUCUAACAAUGUUAGAUACUGAUGACUCCAAAGAUAAGAGGAUUGCGUACAUAUCAGUUUUAGUAUCUUGUCUUAUUGUGUUGCUGGUCAUUACUGCUUUGGUACUGAGAAAAAGGAAACCAAUUUUUCUUUUGAAAAUUGCAUACAAAUUCCAGAAAGUUGAAGAUGAUGACUCAAAAUCAUGGGAUGCAUUUGUAUCAUUUAAAUCAGAAGACGCAGAUAACCAAUUUGUGACAGAAAAGUUGUACGUCAAACUUGAAAAGCAACUGGGUUAUAAACUUUGUAUUCAUCAUAAGGACUUCUUACCCGGAAAAGCCAUUUCCACCAACAUAGUGGACUCUAUAGUUAACAGCCGUCGUUCUAUACUGAUAAUAAGUAAAGAAUACCUUCAAGGAGGAUAUACCACUUUUGAAUAUGAAAUGGCAUAUGCUGAAAUGAUAACCAGCAACUCUAAACAUCAAAUCAUUCCAGUUUUAGUGGAUAAAUUCGAAAAUCUACAAGGUUUAAUGGACGACACUAUGAAAUGCAUUUUAAAGUCCGUAACUUAUAUCACGUGGCCAGGUGAAACCAAUCGGAAGUCUGUAGUAUCUUUUUGGGAUCGAUUAGAAUUAUCAAUGCCGAAAAAGUCAACGAAAUUUUGUCUAGGUUUGACAGAAAGAUCUAACUUGUUAAGUAGUAGAUGACUUUUACAAGAGAUGCAAUUUAUCAUGUACAACGAAGAUUGGUAAAGAUGUAUUAAGUAAAUUUUACAAAUAUAUUAUGGAAAUUCAGAAACUGGACGGGUAUUUGGUGGAACUUGUAUUCUUAUUAUUUCUCUUAGUAGAGAGGAGAGAAGUUACUAUCAUAUAAUCUUGUGAAGAACAAAACGGCCAAGUUUUAUAAAACUAUACUUUUACAAAUAUACAAAAUCCUAAAUUAAUUUCUAAAGUCUUAAUAGAUCAAUCAUUGUGAUGCUUUAUUUCAACAAAUGAAAAAUAGGCAAUCAUCAGUUGUACAAAAUUUCUGGACGUUGGGCUGGAUACAAGAACUUACAAGGCUAAUAAAGCCAGGUAUUUUGUUUAACAGUUCACAAACGUGGAACAUUAUUUUUUUGCUUUUUUUGGAAGUUUUAAUAUGAUUUAUAUGUGCCUAUUUGCUUAGUCUGAGCGAUUAGCAAAACAAACUGAUUUAUAUAGCUUUGAACUAAUAUUAAGUAGAAAAUUUAACGUAACUGUUGUUCAGUGGUUGUCGUUUGUUGAUGUGGUUUAUAGGUGUUAUUCCGUUUUUGUAUAUAAAUUAGACCGUUGGUUUUCCAGUUUGAAUGGUUUUACCCUAGUCAUUUGUGGGUUCCUUUAUAGUUUGCUGUUUGGUGUGAGGCAAGGCUCCGUGUUUGACAUGCCACAAAACCAGGUUCAACCCUCCAUAUUUUUCAUAAAAUGUCCUGUACUAAGUCUGGAAAAUGGCCAUCGUUAUAUUAUAGUUCGUUUCUGUGUGUAUUACAUUUAAAUGUUGUGUUUCUGUUGUGUCGUAGUUUUCCUCUUAUAUUUGAUUCGUUUCCCUCAGUUUUUAGUUUGUAACCGAGAUUUGUUCUUUUUCUUAAUCGAUUUAUGAAUUUUGAAAAGCGGUAUACAAUUGUUAUCUUUAUUUGAACACUGUACUUUGACUAAUUAUGGUUACAAGUCAAUGAGGACUAUCGAAAGAAAAAUAAUGAAUAGAAAACAAAUCGUGAUAAUUCCCUAAUAACAUAAUACACUAAAAAAGUAAUUUCAAAUUAAUCACUCAUACAUACUAGAACAAAAUGCAGAUUCUGUAAUGACAUGUCAAGAGUAGGUAAUUUAUGUUUAUUUUCUAAUCAAAAUCCUCAGAUCACUAUCAAAUAAGGCUAAUUCUAACAGAACCCAUAACUUAUUGCUUGUGUUAAGAUAAUGUUGACUAGUGCUCUCAAAUAACGAUUACUUUUAUACUUAUGACUUAUAAAAUGUUGUUAAGUUUUUUGUAACCUUGAGUUUAAAUGAGCCAUUUAUAUUCGGAUGUAUACUUAGCUUAGGCAUAGUAUUGAAUUGCCUAUGAGUGACCUUUAAGAGUCCAUUUCUAUUGGUUAAGACUUUCAAUAUAAAUACACGUUAAUCAAGGUAAGUUGUUUGUUUUACUAUUGGUCUAUAUUCGGAUUCACAUUUUGUGUGGUUUCAUUUUUCAAUGUCAGUUCAGUGGUUAUUAUUUUUUUUUCGUAAAAAUAUUAAGAAAUUACAUUUUGGUCCUUUUUGGUGUUAUGGUGUAACACCACUAAUUAAGUCCCGGCCAGAAAGCACAUACCAGAAAGUAGUACAUAUUUAACACAAAAUAGUUCCUACGCAUGAGUGUAACUUCCAAAAUAUGUAGAAUAUUUAGGUAUUUUUGGUAUGAAAUGAAAGCUGAAGGACUGGUGAUCAUU